CAUCGAUCUUCUGCUUGCCAAUAUAUAAAAAAAUGGCGCUCCGCCUCUCCCGCCUCCGCAAGGUCCACCAACCCCUCUCCAUCUUCUCCGUCGCCCCCCACUCCCAAAACCCUAACCCUAACCCUUUCAAUCCCCUCCCCAUCUCCCUAACCCACCCCAAAACCCUAGAAACCCUACUCUUCUCCUCCAGUAACCCUAGAAUCGCCUCGCCGCCGCAUCGCCGGAUCUUGGACUGGUUCGUAUCCAACAUCUCGAUCGCUUCGAUCUCCAGCUCGUCGCGAUCUACGAAGGAGGAGGUUGACAAAGAGAGAUCGGGGGAUCCGAAGGAUUUCAGUUCGAGCUCGUGGAUCGAUCUGUACUUGCCGAAGGCGACGAGGCCGUACGCGAUGCUUGCGAGGCUGGACAAGCCGAUUGGGACGUGGUUGCUAGCUUGGCCUUGCAUGUGGUCAAUCACCAUGGCGGCAAGCCCAGGACAAAUUCCUGACUUAAAGAUGUUAGCACUGUUUGGAUGUGGUGCUGUGCUUCUCAGAGGGGCCGGUUGCACUGUUAAUGACCUGCUUGACCGUGAUAUUGAUGUUAAGGUGGAGCGCACCAAAUGCAGACCCGUCGCUUCUGGUACAUUGACGCCAUUUCAGGGGAUUAGCUUUCUUGGCUGCCAACUCUUACUGGGUCUCGGAAUCCUUCUUCAACUCAAUAAUUAUAGCCGCAUCCUGGGGGCAUCAUCUUUGCUUCUUGUCUUUUCCUAUCCUCUAAUGAAGAGGCUGACAUUUUGGCCUCAAGCAUAUUUAGGUUUGACCUUCAAUUGGGGAGCUCUAUUGGGAUGGGCUGCCGUUAAAGAAAGUCUUGAUCCUACAAUCAUCCUUCCAUUGUAUGCUGCUGGUGUUUUUUGGACACUUGUAUACGACACGAUAUAUGCACACCAGGAUAUAGAAGAUGACUUGAAGGUGGGUGUAAAGUCUACUGCAUUGAGAUUUGGGAGUUUGACGAAGAACUGGAUUAGUGGGUUCGGGAUUGCAUGUAUUGGUAGCCUUGCACUCAGUGGAUUGAAUGCAGAACUUGCCUGGCCAUACUACCCAUUUCUAAUGGCUGCAGCUGGUCAAUUAGGAUGGCAGAUUUGGAAUGUUGACUUGUCUAACCGGGCAGACUGCAAUAGAAAAUUUGUUUCCAACAAGUGGUUUGGAGCUUUUGUAUUUAGUGGGAUUUUAUUUGGUCGGCUUGCGUCGUGACAGUCAGAGUAGUGAAGCAAUCUCAUGACAUAGCUGCUAAUGUAUUUGUUACAGAGAUUUUCCCAAGCAAAAGUUCUCUAUAGCAGUCGGAAUCUAAUGAGUUCAGGCCAAAUACUUAAGAGAAGGAAAGCUUAAGGACUUCUGCGGCUGGAACUUGAAGGUUUGUUUUCAGAUAUUAUGUACUUUCAUUUUGACUCGAGUCAGGUUCGGCUGCAAUAAAUGAAUAAGGUAUGGUUAUAGCUAAAACUUGAUUUUGUGGAUUCAUAUUAUGUAACAGUGAAACAGGCAUACUCUUAAUGUUACUUUGUUAGUUUGGUA